AUGGAAGAAGAGAGUUUCGACGAAAGCUCGUCGGAAGAAGAGCUGUCCGACGAGGAAGAUGUGAGCAUUCUGUUCGGAUUCGAUGAAGAGUCUUCGCGCCUUCGCUUGAAAUCCUUCCCGAACGUUACACAGAUCUCGCUAAGUCCGGAGCUACAGAAGGCAAUCUGCGUCAUUCCGGGGAAGCACAUUACGGAGCAGCAACCAUGGAAGGCCAUCAAGAAGGAAGUACUGGAGAAGCAUCUGGAUGCAUCGAUGUCGCAGGAGGCGCAGACCAUCCUGGAUGGCCUCCAGGAGCUUGAACCCGGUUGUGACGUUCUGGUGGAGUGGUCUGCCAAAUAUACAACCGAUCAGGAGGCGGUGUAUCGGAUCUUUACCGACAUAGAUGAGAUCGAUGAAGCCAGCGAGAUCAUCCGCUGCUUGGAGCUGAUGGAUCGCAUGAGAAUGCAAAUGAUGACGGAGAAGUUGGCGCGCCCCAGUUCGAGUGAGGAGAGUGAAGAUGAGGAAGAUGAAGAAUAUGAUAUCGAAGAUCAAUACGAAGACGAUAACGAAAAUCGCGCCGAAGAUGAUAAUGAAAAUGGUAACGAAGACGGCAACAUCGAUGCUAUUGAAGAUUAUAAUGAAAAUGAUAGUGAAGAUGAUGACGAGGAAGAUAGCGAAGAUGAUAGUGAGGGCGAUAGUGAAGAUGAUAGUGAGGACGAUAGUGAAGAUGAUAGUGAAGAUGAUAGUGAAGAUGAUAGUGACAAUGAUAGUGACGAUGAUAGUGACGAUGACAGUGAAGAUGAUAGUGAAGAUGAUAGUGAGGAUGACAGUGAGGAUGAUAGCUCGCUGACCAGCUCAGAGGAGGAACCUCACGACCUGGAAGCGCAGUUCGUGUAUCCGAUUCAAAGAAGCUCACGUCAACUUAGCCUACGGAAGGUGGCCGACGCACGGGAUGGUUAUGUGGAGCUUCUCCCUGGCAAGUGGAAAAACACAAAUUUCCCCCGAAAAAUUACGCAUCGUGGAACGCAGGUUCGGCAGCCCGGUUGCAACCGAGGGGUACAGGCAGAUCCUACGUUUCCCUCGUACGCAUCGACUCAAUACGUGCUCGAUUUGGAGAGUAAACGCAUCGAUCCAGGUACGAUCUCGAAGACAUGGCUUCAGACUGCCGAAGAUCUGCUGUCCGGUGCUGCUCAGCACAAUUUGAUCGAGCUGUACCGCGAUGAGUACGACUCGAUAGCCCAGGAACCGGUUCAGUGUUACCGAACACCGUUGAUUACCGAGCGCUUAUCGUUCAUGGACCGUUCCCGGACGAUCGGACGAUAUGUCCGUUCGAUCGAUUGGCAUCCGGAACUGUCGGGCAUUUUCGUGGCUUCGUACACCUUCGAAACGACAUCGCAUGACGCAUCCGGCGUGGCAAGUCGCUCAAACGCUCGCAGCAAACAGCUCGUCAACCGGAUGCUGUUUGAGAAGUUCCCUUUGCUCGUGUGGAGCUUCACCAAUCCGCUCAUUCCGUUGCUCGAACUACAGACGAUCCGUGAGGUGACGACGGUUUCCUUCUGUCCGUACGAUGGUGAGCUGCUGGUGGCCGGACUGGCAAAUGGACAGAUUGUCCUGUGGGAUUUAAAGGGUGAGAUAGAGCGCGUCGAGACUGUUAGACCGGCGUGGGGUAAACACCGUGCAGAGAUACUGCGACAGAUGGAGCACCAUUCCAGCGAGGCAGUCGAUCGCUCCGUUGGUCCAACGUCAUUCAGUGCGCUCGAACACUCGCCGAGAGGGGCCAUCAGUGUGAUCAAGUGGUUGCCAAGGAACUAUUUCUGUACCACCACUGGCCACCUGAAGGUAGAUCCCGAGAAGGAGCAUCGCUUCCUGAUGACGGCCUCGCUCGAUGGUAGUGUCUGCUUUUGGGAUUUCGAUUUUGCUUCGCCUGCACUUCAGAAGAAGAUCAAUUCGGCCAAGCUUGCUGCGCAGCUGAAGGAUAAACCGUUGUACCAACGCGUGAACAACCUCUUCUUUCCGGUUUAUAAGAUCCUCUGCCAAUGUUCGAUCGUUAGUAUGAUCCUGGAUGAGGCCUUGUAUAAUACCCUUCCGAUGGAACCCACCUGGGACCUAACGAAGCGUGUGAAGCAUGUCCCCGAACCAGUUCCGGUUGAGUGUAGCAUGCAACUAACACUCGGUACCUUCAUGGGGCAGAUAGUGGAAGGACUGUGGGAGGGUUAUGCAUUUGAACAGGCUGUAACGGUGAAUGAUGAAGCACUGCAGGUGACACACAACUUCUGUGCCAUCCAUGAUGGUCCGGUGGUGGCCCUGGAACGUAAUCAGCUCAUGCCGCGCGUUUUCCUGUCGAUCGGUGGACAUGUGCUGGCGUUGUGGACCUGUGAGGAUCGCAGUUCGCCGAUCUUCUGGCGGAAGAGAUCCUCGAAGGUAACGACCUGUCGUUGGAGCCUUGAUCGUGUAUCGGUGUUUUUCGUGGGUUACGAUGAUGGUAACUUUGAAGUUUGGGAUCUAAACAUGAAAACGUUCUGCGAGUGUCUUCGCUUGAAUCUGGGAGCUGCAGCACUGACGGCCAUAACGCAGCAUCGGUUGACCAGCGCACGGCGCUGUCUUGCAGUGGCCGAUCACAAUGCAAACGUUCGGAUCCUUGCCCUCUCGGAUAGCUUGAUCGAACCGGCACCCUUCGAAGAGCGCACAUUCCGGGAAGUUAUACAGCGUGAACUCACUAGGAAGGCCGGCCAAGCGCAAUGGAUCAAAGGCUACAACGAUGCAAACCCGAUUCAACCGAAAUCCGAUCAAGUUCAAGACGAGAGCAGAGCGAAGGACAUCGCGGAUCAUAGAGAAGGGACGAAUUUGGAAAAAGACACAAAGAGCAAGAAGCAGGUUCUAGCCAAAGCAGCUCGUUCAGAGGAGCCGGACAAGCGAAUGGCGCUAAGUGAUCGCCUUGAGAAGCAGUACCGUUCGCGGCACUUCCGCGAGCUACUCGGUAAAUUGAUGCACCGUCGGAACGUGAGUCCGGAACAGAUGGCACGUGAUAUGCGGCCUGUGGUGGAGCGUCGUCGGUACGAUGCGGAGAAGAAGGCAGCGAUCGAGCGUGGCUACUCAGAAGCUGGUGGUGAUUACGUCAAUUUGGCGAAGACCUUCCGUCCAACCGAUAAAAGGGCAACAACGUCAAAGGCUCGAUCGGGUACCACGAUCGGGCAUCUAGAGUCGCUCAUAGCCGAUUUCGGGAAGGUCGAACAGGAAGCAAAGGAAAAGGUUCAGCUACAUUACCUGCCACAGAUGGAGGAUUUCACCGAGGUGCUGAUGCGAGUUAAGGAUCGACGGGAGAAGGUCGCCAUUCAGGUCGGUGACAAUAUGCGCCAUAUUGUACGAUAUGAACACAAGCGCAGUCAGCGUCGGCUAGGGAUGGCUCCUAGAACUCAGCUUAUGGAUUUAGUGCCAAUAGAGGAUCCGCAGGAAGUUGAAGACGAGAAAAAGUUUGUUGAUGAAGAGGUUACAGGGGACACUUAG